AAACACUUAUGUGCAUAGGUAGACUAAUGGCACAUACGUUGUUUUUUAACCGGGCCGGAGUUUAUAGGUCCAAAUUGCAAAAUGCAGUCCAUAUAGUUUGUUCAUCAUUUACCCCCUCAGUCUUAGAACCGUCUCCCGUGGUCCGGAGGCACCCACAUUAACCAACUUGAUCGCUCCAUACUCAUUGUAUCCGCUUUGUCCACGGCUUUGUCACAAGACAACACGUCGGAAAUGCUUAUAAUGAAAAAAUUCCUAACUAUUUCACCUUGCGAUGCCAUUUAGUGCUCAUAAGAAUCAAACAUCUAUCAGAAAAACCCCGUUUCCUCAGAUUACUCGAUUGACUUUUGAGGCUAUGUUAACAUGUUGAACCAAUCAAUAUCGAUACAACCUCUCCUAUUUGAUGUAUCGAAAACGAUCUAUAGCCUGCACAGUUAAAAAUUUUUCGGCAGUGACCGCACCCCGAAAGACUCGGCCUCUGGAUCAGAGAUUUUGGGUAUCGAAUUCCGCAAACCUGCGAAUUACUGACAAUUUGGCACAGUAUGCCGAGUUUUUGGCAGUUUUACCAACACACGGCAGCCGGGAUCGAGAAUUUCGACUCCAAGCGCCAAUUUUUAUGAGUGGAGGUAUUGUUAAACAUGUUGUAUUACGUGAUAAAAAUAUUCUAUUAUCAAGAAUGACGUCCAAGAUUGAGCUGAAAUAUUUUAAACUAUAAACAUGUUUAUCAUUAAAAAUUACGGCACUCCGAGGUUUUCCGCUUACACUGCAAUAUACUCAACAUUUGUGAGAUAUUGUAUUUAUAAUGUGACGAAAAUUGAGAGAUUUAAACAAGAGCUACAACGUAUGCUUUGAUUUUUCCUGGGCUCUUUGUACGCCCACAUUUUUUUCUCGGCUAAAGCAAGCACGUGGUUCUAUAUAUAAUUGAUAAAGAUUUGCACACAGACGCUGAUAUUAAUUGCAUGAGUGCAGUAUUCCAACUCCCACGACAAAGUUUGCAAAUUGUAGGCCCUUGUUUAUCUCAAUUGACCACUUUACCUACUUAGAAUUCUGAAAGCCACACUCAAAUGAUUAGAUACCAUGGCGUCAAGUUUUUUUCUUCAAGUUUUUUAGUUUUCUUUUAAAUCAGUAAUACAUCUACCUCUGAUCGGAAAAAGUGACAUUCUUCGUAUUAGUCAUGUUUCAGGGCCUUGGUGAGAUGCUGCAAACGUUUUUUCAUUUUUUUUUUAAGUUUCUAAAAAAGUAAACGACUUAGCAACCCCCAAUUUGAAAUCGAACAAACUUUUUUAAAUAGAAUGUAUGCCAAAAGUUUACCCACCCACUGACAUCCAUCUCUUAAAUUUUCAUAAGAUUUGAUAACUCUUUUUUUAGAAAGAGCCUCGUGUGUGGUAUUGGUCAUUACAAACGAUGGUAUUAAAAUAAUCUUGAAAUCUGAAAAAUUUUGAAAAAUAUAACAUUAGAACAAAAUCUAUUGAAAAUUCAGUGGUCGUUCAAAAAGUUAUUUCCAGAGGUAACUGAACAAUUAAUGGCAACUACCUUUUUUAAAACUAUGAGCAAUAGCUCUCGAAGCUCGCAAGGCAACAUACAAGCUCAUGUAUUUUUCAAAAUGCGGGUAACUCUUGUUUUGAGAAAUUUACGUAUGCAAUUUUCUCAUAAUUAUGCCAGGGAUCGUUUCCGGGUUUCACUAAACAUUCCUCUCUACGACCGCACGCUAAAUACCUAUGCACGUGCAUUCGUCCAUGUUUAAUGCAUUAAAAUUGAAGCUCUUUCCAUUCCGUCAACAAAUUUCUUUUGAGUGCGCUAAUCUGUGUGAUUCACACGGUUACAGUCUGAUUUCAAAGUGGAGCCUAGUUACAUUUUUCUUCGCUAGUUUUAAAGGAUACUAAAUAGGAAAGUCGGCCGGUAAGAAGUAACAACUAAAACACUAGAAAAUACUGUUCCAGAUAUACAAUCUGGAGAAAGUUCAUUGAAAUCAAUCAAAAUUCGUUGAAUUCACAAUCUUGUUGAUCCUACAAAAAACAGUUUAGCCGGCACCGCCGUGAUAGCGAAGAGAGCAGUAAGUGCCUUUCUGUAUGAGCCAUGAUUAGCACAUGCUUUAAUGUAUCUCGAGGCUCAUCUUAGCAUGAAUUUACUGCUCUCUUGCCUAUCACGGCAGCCCUUGACUGAAAUUGUUAUUCAUUUUUGUAUAUUUUAAAACAAACUACUGGAAACCUGGAAUAAUACCUAUUGUAUGUGCAAUAUGCAUUGAACCAUGUCUGUAUUUAAGUGAUAUUCAAGUAACAUUUCCCUAUUAUUUUCAUCGAUUUUGUUUAUUCUUUUUCUUCUUGACGAACAAAUAACAGAUAGAAUAAAAACUGAAUAUGGACUAUGAACUCUCAAGGAGGAAUUCAUAAUAUACAUCUUAAAAUAUGGUAAAACAACGGACUAUCGAAAAAAUUGGGAACGAUACAGAAUGUGGGAAAAUUUUGAAUACUUUCUUUGUCGGGGCGCUUCGUGAUGGGUAUGUCAAAGUAGAGGGGGUCGUUAUGCCCAGCGGGUAUACUGCGAUUGCUCAGCAAGUCUGCGACCUGGAGAUCCGAGAUGAUGAUAUUUUUGUCUGUAGCUAUCCAAAAUCAGGGACAACGUGGACACAAGAGAUGGUUUGGUGCAUCGCAAAUGAUCUCGAUUACAAAAGGGCUCAGAUAGCACAAAAUAAAAGAUUUCCGUUUUUGGAGUGCACAGGUUAUGCAAACUACGGCAAGGCGAGGAAUGAGUGCCCAGAAAUCGAAAUGGAGGAUUUUGUGACAGACUCACUAAAGUUUAUCCGAGAAUUGGAAUCUCCUCGAUUUAUCAAAUCACACCUACCGUUUUGCCUGCUUCCUAAGCAACUCACAAACUUUUCUACUGAAGCAAAGAUAGUUUACGUAUGCCGCAAUCCAAAAGAUGCAUGCAUUUCGCAGUACCAUUACAGCCAACUUUUUCUCGGCUACUCUGGAAAUUUUGAAAUGUUUUGUGAACUGUUCCUCAACGAUAUGCUGCCUUACUCCCCUUACUGGGACCAUAUUCGCACAUUUUGGGAGCAUAGAAACAAUCCAAAAGUGCUGUUUUUGACUUACGAGGACUUGAAAAAG